UUCAUCAACUCGGACACCUUCACUGCAACUUCUUCGUAAACUAUAUGUCAUUUGUCAUAUACAGCAAGAGAUAAAAUUGGGAUUAGGGUUUCUUUCGUAUAUGUGAUUUCUCAACUGGGUUUGAUCCAAAAACUGCAAAAGAUUGAGCAUGAGUUGAGUUUGUGGCGGCACAGAGUGUUAGGGUUUUGAUUUGAAAUCAUAUACACCAGAGCCGGGUGUUUGUCUUUGUGGAUAAAAGACACCUUUUUUUUUCGAAUCUAUGGAGGGUUAUAAGAGAUGGGUUAGAAGGAACAAAGACUAUGUUCAUUCGUUGGAGUCUCUAGCCAAUGGGUUGACAUGGCUUCUUCCAGAACGGUUUUCUGAUUCAGAAAUUGGACCAGAAGCAGUUACAUCAAUUUUGGGCAUUAUAACGGCUGUCAAUGAAUAUAUUAUUGAUACAACUCCAACAAGGAUACAUACAGGAUCUUCGGAGCCUUCUUCCUUCCCUUACUCCUUGUGCAUAACUUUGCUGAAGGACUUGGAAACAUUGGUUGAAGUUGUGGCACAACAAAUAUAUGGUGAUGAUAAAAAAUGGAAUUUCAUUGCUGUUACAGAAGCUACCAAGGUGUUAGUUAGAGUAGCUUUGUUUCGGAACAGUGGAUACAAGAUGCUUUUGCAUGGAGGGGAGACUGCAAAUGCCGACAAAGGUUCAAAUGCUUUGGAUCCCCAAUGUGGAUAUGGACAUUUCACAAAUCCUGGGCAACUUCACCGGCCUGGUAGUCUUCAGAAUUAUCAUGGGCAGAAUCCGUGGAAUCUUGAAGGGAGGGCACUAUCAGCCUUGAGUAGGUUUGGAGAAAAUGCUAGGACGAUUUCUGAGCCUUUCUGGUUGCGUAGUGUCCAACACCAGCAGGCAAUCAUGGAGCCUUCAACUCCUGUGGGUGAGAGACCUAGCCUUCCCACUUUUUUGUCUGAGAAGGGUCUUUCUGGUGGCUUAUUUAUGAUAGGAGAGAUGAUGUUCAUCACAAGGCCACUUAUUUAUGUUUUAUCGAUAAGAAAAUAUGGACUUCGAUCAUGGUAUCCUUGGAUGGUUUCAUUGGCUGUGGACCUGUUUGGAAUGGGUGUUCUUUCCUACACUUCAAUGUCAAGGUGUAGUAGAAAAGGCCAAGAGUUUCAUCUUUCCAACCCCGAGAAGGAUGAGAUGAGGAGGAGGAAGCUGUUGUGGGCACUUUACCUCAUGAGAGACCCAUUCUUUAGCAAGUAUACCCGGUAAUGAUGUAUUUUUUCUCGUUAUUUUCGUAAAUGGAACAGGCACUAACAAGUGUUAAAUAUUUCAGGCAAAGACUUGAAAGAACCGAAAAACUAUUGGAACCUGUUCCUGUUGUCGGCCUUCUUACUGCAAAACUUGUUGAGCUUAUCGUUGGGGCUCAAACACGCUACACUUACAUGUCUGGUUCCUGAUGUUGGAAGCUAAGGCAAAUUUCCUGUACUUUACUGGUGAAGCAUCCCCCAGUGAUAGGAAAAAAUUGUCAUUUGUGUUGUCUCUGCAUUCUUGAUUCCAGAUUCAUAUAUAUAUUGUGUCACACCACUCUACACUGAUGUGAGCCUACCACCCACCCAGGCUUUUAAUAAGGCUGUUACUCACUUCUUCAGCAAUUCAUUAGUCGCACCUUCUGUUUAACUCCGCUUCUUCAUUUUUGUAUCAUUUAUUCUGCCUUGACGGGUGGCUGUAGUUGCAUGAUGUUCAAGAACAUCAUACGAGUAGGUGAUAUUCCAUUUUCCCAGUCUUAGCAGUAGAGAUAUGAAAUAAAUUUUUGUGUAUGCGGGCGAAUUUUAUUCCUCCUCCACUGAAAUAUGCAGGUUGUGGGUUUUUGUGAGAAUUUGUUCCUCUUUAUGUGUUGAUGUGCCUGAUUGUUAACUGAUCAACUUGUGGGAGUCAUGUGAGUGGUUAACAAUCAAAUCCAUGUGCAAGUUGAAGCUUAUUGUUGAAUUCUUUGG